AUGUCAAUUGAAAAAUCCGGUAAAACAUCUGGAGAGCUUACUCCAGAACUCAAAACUUCUUUUGAAGAUGAUGAAGGUAGAGAACCAACCGAAUACGAAAUGAAAAAUUUAAGACAUGUAAGUGAAAAAAUUCCAUUAAGAUGUUGGUUAGUUGCCGUUGUUGAAUUAGGUGAACGUUUUACUUAUUAUGGUUUAAGUGCUCCAUUUCAAAAUUAUAUGCAAAAUGGUCCUCAUGAUAGCCCAAAGGGGGUUUUACAAUUAGGUAAUACUGGUGCUACUGGGUUAUCUUAUUUUUGGACUUUCUGGUGUUAUGUGAGUCCUAUUCUUGGUGCCUACGUUGCUGAUACUUUCCUUGGUAAAUAUACAACUAUUCUUUAUUGUUCGUUUGUUUAUAUCGUUGGUUGUUUUAUUCUUUUCAUUACUUCCAUUCCUUCGAUUGCUUCUAAAUCUACUUCUCUUGGUGGCUACAUUGCAGCCAUCAUUAUUAUUGGUGCUGCCACUGGUGGGGUUAAAGCUAAUGUUUCUCCUUUAAUUGCUGAUCAAGUUCCUAAAACUAAACCUAUUAUUAAAGUUUUACCUUCUGGUGAAAAAGUUAUUCAAGAUCCAAAUAUUACUAUUCAAAAUGUUUUCAUGUUUUUCUACCUUAUGAUUAAUAUUGGUUCUCUUUCGGUUAUUGCUACUACUGAAAUGGAAUUACAUAUUGGAUUCUGGGCUGCCUUCUUACUACCUUUUUGCUUUUUCUUUGUUGCCAUUGCUGCUUUAAUCUUGGGUAAAAACGUUUAUGUUAAAGUUCCUGUUUCUGAUAAAGUUAUUUCUCGUUGUUUCAAAGUUUGCUUCAUUGCCAUUAAAAAUAAAUUCAAUUUUGAUGCUGCUAAACCAAGUUUACAUCCUGAAAGCGAAUUUCCUUGGUCUGAUAAAUUCGUUGAAGAAGUCAGAAGAGCUCUUUAUGCUUGUAAAGUUUUCGUUUUUUACCCAAUUUAUUGGUUAGUUUAUGGUCAAAUGUUAAAUAAUUUCGUCUCUCAAGCCGGUAGAAUGGCUGCCCAUGGUCUUCCAAAUGAUAUCUUACAAGCUGUUAAUUCUAUUGCUAUCAUUGUUUUCAUUCCAAUUUGUGAACAUUGGGUUUAUCCUUUUAUCAGAAAAUUCACUCCUUUAAAAGCCGUUUCAAGAAUCACUAUUGGUUUCUUUUUCGGUUCUGCUUCCAUGGUUUAUGCUGCAGUCUUGGAAUAUUAUAUUCAAAAAAGCGAUAACUUGGUUCAUAUUGCAAUUCAAGUUCCUGCUUACUGUUUAAUUGGUUUCUCAGAAAUUUUCGCUUCAAUUACUGGUCUUGAAUAUGCUUAUACUAAAGCUCCAAUUAGUAUGAAAUCUUUUAUCAUGAGUAUCUUUUUGGUUCAAAAUGCUUUCGGUUCCGCUUUAGGUAUUGCUCUUUCUCCAGUUGCUGCUGUUGAUAAAGUCUUAUGGACUUUCACCGGUUUAGCUGUUUCUUGUUUCAUCGCUGGUGUCUUAUUCUGGUUGAUCUUCCACCACUACAACAAUGUUGAAGAAGAAUUGAAUCAAUUAGAUUACUUAGAAGAAGAUGAAGUAGUUGCUAACCCUGAUGGUUUAAAACCAGUCACUUCUUUAGCUAAGUCUUAUAGAAGUCUUAAUUAGUCUUAAUGGCUAAACUAUUCUUCCUUGUAUAAUAAAAUUUAAUUUAUUUAUAUAAUUUAAUGAACGUAUUAAUGU